GCCCCGGCACUGCCCGCAGCGCCAUCGACACCGGCACCCAGAGCAGCCCCGCACGCAGUGGCAGGAUGCCGUCCCAGCUGGAGCACGCCAUGGAGACGCUCAUGUUCACCUUCCACAAAUACGCGGGGGACAAGGAGCACCUGGCCAAGGAGGACCUCAGGGCACUCAUGGACAAGGAGUUCCCGGGGUUCCUGGAGAACCAACGUGACCCCAACGCCCUGGACCGGAUCCUGCGGGAUGUGGAGCAGAGCCGCGAUGGCCGCGUUGGCUUCCAGGGCUUCUUCUCUCUGGUGGCCGGGCUCACCAUCGCCUGCAACGAUUACUUCGUGCAGCACAUGAAACAGCGCGGCCGGCGCUGAGGGCCGGGGCUGGCCCGUGCGGGGGUGUCACCCCAAACCCGCCCUGGAUCCACCCCCAACCCCAAAUCUGUGCCUUGAUCCUCCCCCUUUGGGGUUCUGGGAC